AUGGCGGAACGCUAUAUUCCAGAGCACCGACGGACGCAGUUCAAGGCCCGUAACCAGUUCAAGCCCGAUGAGCUCCGUCGUCGCCGUGAAGAACAGCAGGUCGAGAUCAGAAAGCAGAAGCGUGAGGAGAACCUUGCCAAGCGACGUGGCAUUCAGACCCGUGAUGGAGGAGUCGGAGUUGGUGAUGGCUUAGGUGCCGCUGAAAGUGACGAUGAAGCUACUGCUAUUGAGAGUGAACUCAAUGUCGAGCUCCCUCUGAUGGUGAAGGGUGUUAUGUCCGACCAGGUUGAGGAGCAGAUUCAGGCCACUACCAAGUUCCGCAAAUUGCUGUCGAAGGAGCGCAACCCUCCUAUUGAGCGCGUUAUCGAGACUGGAGUUGUCGCCCGCUUUGUGGAAUUCCUUCGUUCUCCUCACACUCUUGUUCAGUUUGAGUCUGCCUGGGCUCUCACCAACAUUGCCUCUGGUUCUGCUCAGCAGACCCAGGUUGUCAUCGAGGCCGGUGCCGUCCCUAUUUUCUGCGAGCUCCUCGCCAGCCCCGAGCCUGAUGUCCGUGAGCAGGCCGUUUGGGCCCUUGGUAACAUUGCUGGUGAUAGUCCUCACUGCCGUGACUUUGUUCUCGGUGCUGGUGCCCUGCGCCCGCUCCUGAAUCUCAUCAAUGAUGGCCGCAAGCUUAGCAUGCUCCGCAACGCCACCUGGACUCUGAGCAACUUCUGCCGUGGCAAGACCCCUCAGCCUGACUGGAACACCAUUGCCCCUGCUCUGCCCGUCCUUGCAAAGCUCAUUUAUAUGCUGGAUGAUGAGGUUCUUAUCGAUGCUUGCUGGGCCAUCUCGUACCUUUCUGAUGGGGCCAAUGAUAAGAUCCAGGCUGUUAUCGAGGCCGGUAUUCCCCGCCGCCUUGUGGAGCUCCUUAUGCACGCCUCUACCUCUGUGCAGACCCCUGCUCUUCGUUCAGUUGGCAACAUCGUUACUGGUGAUGAUGUCCAGACCCAGGUUAUCAUCAACUGUGGCGCCCUUCCCGCCUUGCUGUCUCUUCUUGGCUCCACCAAGGAUGGAAUCCGUAAGGAGGCUUGCUGGACCAUUUCCAACGUUACUGCAGGUAAUUCCACUCAGAUCCAACAUGUUAUCGACGCCGGUAUCAUUGCCCCCUUGAUCAAUCUGCUGGCCAACGGCGACUUCAAGACCCGCAAAGAGGCUUGCUGGGCUAUCUCCAACGCUACUUCCGGUGGCUUGCAGAAGCCCGACCAGAUCCGCUACCUUGUUUCCCAGGGAUGCAUCAAGCCUCUCUGCGAUCUGUUGGCUUGCCCCGAUAACAAGAUUAUUCAGGUUGCGCUGGAUGGUCUGGAGAACAUCCUGAAGGUUGGCGAGAUUGACAAGGAGGCUGGCCAGGGUGAGACUCGCAUCAACCGCUACGCCCUAUUCAUUGAGGAGGCCGGUGGCAUGGAGAAGAUCCAUGAUUGCCAAAAUAACGCCAACGAAGAGAUCUACAUGAAGGCAUACAACAUCAUUGAGAAGUACUUCUCCGACGAUGACGAGGGAGCUGGUGAUAUCGACGAGCUUGCUCCUCAGCAGACUCAAUCCGGUUUUGCCCUUGGCGCUAACCAGCAGCAACCUGGCGGCUUCAACUUCGCCAACGGUGGUGACUCCAUGGACAUGUAA